UAGCAAUAUAAUUAAGGGAGGAUUCUAAUUACUUUAAUAAAGUUAACAGGCAAUGACGGUUCCUGCUGGCAACUUCCUAUCUGCUCGGCCUCUUGCCCGUAUAGUAGAGGGAGAACAAGAGGAAGGUUUGACUGGGGAGGAUGAUGAGCUGCUAAAGCGUGGAAGCAGGAAUUUGCAUCACGCGGACGAAGAAAAUGAUGGCGAUGAGCAGAUCGAUCGCGAACUGCAGCAACAGCAACCAUGGGGUUCGUUGGAUCAGCGGAAGGGGAAGAAUAAGAAGAAGGAUAGGAAAGUGAACUCUAGCAGCAGUAGGAGGAAGAUGCAAGCGAAGGCCAAGAAAUUCCUCCUCUCGCGUCUCAGCGGAUUCGACAAAGACCUUGAGGACUCGAAGAAUAAGACAGCAGCAGCUACUGCGAGGCGAUCUGCCCCUCCUUUCCCUUAUAAUGGGGAGGAUUUCGGUGGUAGUCCUUCUCGCUACGUCUGUUUUCUCAGACCUUUAAUUCCCCUUUCUUCAACCUCGCCGGCACACUCGGGCUCUGCUGCCGCCGCUAAAACACCUGACGCGGUAAACACUCCGAAGCCAAAAAGUUCUUCUUAUUACGAUUUUGUGAAAUCCCUCAUCGAAAAGAAUGACUUUUAUUCCCCUGAAUGCAAUGCCCAUGGCGAAAUCCGUAAAUCUAAACACAAAUAACCCAAUUUAAUAGCUUUUCUUUGUGCCUCUGGAAUUUUUCUCUUUUUACACCUAUUUUUUCUUAGAUUUCCCUUGUUACAAUCUUUUGGUUGAUUUAGCUGAUGCGUCAGUUCAUGGUAUGUGAUAGCCUCACCCGACUUGAAGGCUGUUUAUUUGUUACUUGUUGAGUUUGAGCAGUCGUAGUUGGGUCUGGAAAUAUCAAAAAAGUUAUGAUGAACUAUCAGGGCAUUGCUGCAAUGUAUCAUUUUCAACUUGUGGGUAACUUCUUAGCAUCAGAUUGAUUGAUAUCUGUAAUCCUUGUUCAGUUUUCUGUAUAAGAAAGGAAUUGAAAGGUUCAUUUCAUUUCUUCUCUUAA